GUCUUGUCUUGCUGCUGUAAAAGAGACAAUUGACUAGCAGAAGAGAGGCGGAUUUGACUUUUGAAUCCCGCUGUCUGCUUUGCCGAAACCUGUGUGGUAGACCUAUUAUUAAAGGUCCUUAUACUUCAUUGUAUUGCGAACCGCAUGCAGUGAUAUCAAGUGCCUGCAGGGUCUCACCAUUUCUUUCCCUCCUUUUUUUUUUCAAUUUUCCUUCUUGGGCUUCUUUCUCUCUUGUGAGGGGAAAGGCUUGCUGCAGGCUGCAAGGCACAGCCAGAAAUUAAAUAGUCAAUAUGGCGUCUAUAUCGACUGCGGGGGAGGCAGGUGAGUAAUAGGGCCCAAAAUUCUAUUGAUGAUAGACCAUCUUUCUUGCUCCACUCAUCGUGUUCUGUUGCUGAGUGUAUUUUGUUCAACUAGUGGCAAGAAUUGCAUACCUAGUCAGCGAUCUCGUCCUGUCUGUCCAGCCCUCCCUGCAGACGGAUUCCAUAUUCUCUAAAUACCUGAAGGCUUUGAGAAUAAGCAAGACUGGCAAUCUUUUGUCCGGUGCUGUCUCUGAGGUCACAACCAUUCGGUUCAACGAAGAUCCUCUUGUAUCCGCAUUCUAUCCGCUGCAGAAGGGCGAGACGGUGUCUGUUGUAACUACCUCGUCUAUCCUCCUUUCUUCUGUCCCUCACCUUUACCGACUGGCCAAUUAUCCCGUUGUCAUCCAUGUGUCUCUCGAGUCUUCGCCCUCGCCAGAUUAUUCCGCAAUAAGCUCCAUCAGACAAUGUGGCUUCAUAUUCUUGCACUCGGAGACGGUCCAAGAGGCACAGGAUAUUGCCAUCACUGCCCACGCUUUGGCUCGGAAGUCCGGGAAGGGUGUUAUCCAUUUCUUUGACCCUGCAAAUUCGGCCAACGAUCAGCCUAUCCCCCAGGAGGAUGCGCAUGUCGUGAAGGAGGUGCUGGCCGUGGCGAGGACCGGCGCUUCCCAUACCACUGGAAUUGGCACGCAGACUGUGUAUACCGAUUCUGGUCGCGUUGCUACUGUCAGUGACGAGGCUUCGGAGGGUUCUCCAAGUGCGCAAGUUGGUGUAUCUGUGCCGUCGAAAGCGGCCUCCAGUGUCAGCGUUGACGUUUCAUCCGUUGGUUCAUCGAGGAGGGACAGCAGCGCUGAUAGUCGUGCCCCCAGUUCAUCGGCCACAACUGUGGAUACCUCUACCACACGUCCGGUGAAUGCGUCCGACAUUUUUGCCUGGACUGCUCAGAUCUGGGAUACGCUGUCGAAAAUGGUGGGUCGCAAUUAUCAUGCGAUCGAAUAUACUGGACCAGCAGAUGCCAAGUCAGCCAUCUUCAUUUUUGGCUCCACCAAGGUCUUUGCGGACGCUCUCGCAGGUGCAGCAGAUAACAAGGAUUUUCAGGGAGUUGGGCUUAUUACCGCCCGCCUGUACCGGCCAUGGAUCGGAAGCCAGAUUGAAAAUGUGAUCCCGAAAAGUAUCGAGAAGAUUGGUGUGCUGGAGCAGGUGCGCAAGACCACAAAAUGGGGGCCUACCUUCAUGGACCUCCUGUCCAGUUUGACAGUCUCCACACCUGGUGGUCGGCCUCUCCAACUUGUUGAAUACAGACUGGGAUACGUCGAAAAAUCCACUGUCAACCAGGCUCUCCGUGGUAUCAUCCAGAAUUUGAACGUUCCAUCUCCGGUCCAGCACCUCGAGGUUGGAAGCACCAAAGUCUCUGCUCCUCAGACGGCUUUAGAGCAGCCUAAUCUUGAGAACGCUUAUUUGAAGAUUUUGAACCAGCUCUUCGGGGAAAAGUUGUAUGUGGCAAACCAACUAGGAUCCGACAAUGCUGGCAUUUCUCCUACAAUCGCUGCCAGCCCUGAGUUUGGGUUUGGUUCGUUGAUCGCCAGGAUGGAGCGUCGUGAACGCCUCAUACGUGAAGCCGAAGAAGCAUCCAAGUCUACCGGAUUCACGACUGAAGCCCCCAAAAAAUGGCUGGCAGAAUGGGCACUGAAUGCCAGGGAUGCGAUUAAGUCGAAUAACUUAGCUCCUGAUGUCAUCUCCCACCUUUCCAUCGACGCUUCAUCGCUGUCCCAGCAACUCCUCGAGUCGAAGAAGCUUUUCUUCAACGAGUCCCGUUGGCUUAUUGGAUCUGACGCCUGGUCUUAUGAUCUCGGAAAUUCAGGUGUCCACCAUGUUCUUGCAUCUGGAGCGAACGUCAACAUGCUUAUCAUUGACUCUCAGCCCUACUCCGAACGAGUUGCUGCUGAUCCCACACGGAGAAAGAAGGACAUUGGCUUGUACGCUAUGAACUUCGGAAAUGCCUAUGUCGCAUCAGUUGCCGUUUACAGUUCAUACACUCAGGUCCUUCAGGCCUUUGCCGAGGCAGAGCAGUUCAAUGGUCCAUCCGUUAUCGUUGCUUAUCUCCCUUACAACCAGGAGAACGACUCUGCUCUUACCGUUCUGCAAGAGACAAAGAAAGCCGUGGACCUUGGAUACUGGCCGUUGUACCGCUGGAACCCUGCAAAGGAAGAUCAGAAUGAGCCUAAAUUUACUCUGGACUCGGAGCGCAUUAAGCGUGAGCUGGAGGAGUUCCUCCGCAGGGAUAACAGACUUACUCAACUGAUGAACCGUCAUCCUGAGUUCUCUCCUCUCCUCUCUGAAUCUUAUGGCACCGAGGUCCGAGCACUACAGAAGCGUCAAGCCAAGGACUCUUACGAGAAACUUCUCGAGGGUCUCUUCGGAGCGCCUUUAACCAUUCUCUUUGCAUCUGACAAUGGCAACGCGCAGAGUCUGGCCAAGCGUCUAGGAAAUCGCGGUCGUGCGAGAGGACUGAAGACCAUGGUUAUUGCCAUGGAUGAUUAUCCCAUCGAGGAUUUGUCAACUGAAGAAAAUGUCGUGUUCAUUACUAGCACCGCCGGCCAGGGAGAAUUCCCCCAGAACGGUCGCAGUUUCUGGGAUGUUGUCAAGAACUCCGGUGAUUUGGACUUGUCUUCCAUCAACUAUUCCGUUUUCGGUCUUGGCGAUAGCCACUACUGGCCACGCAAGGAAGAUAAGAUUUAUUACAACAAGCCGGCGAAGGAUCUCGAUGUCCGGGUUUCCUUCCUUGGUGGUCGAAAACUUGCAGACAUUGGUCUGGGUGAUGACCAGGACCCGGAUGGUUUUCAGACAGGUUAUUCCGAGUGGGAACCACGACUAUGGCAGGCUUUGGGAGUUGAUAAGGUCGAGGGCUUACCGGAGGAGCCUGCACCUUUAACGAACGAGGAUAUCAAAGCUCAGUCCAACUACCUGCGUGGAACUAUCGUUGAGGGUCUUGCGGACGAAAGCACGGGUGCUAUAUCCGCUAGUGAUCAACAGCUGACGAAGUUCCACGGCACUUACAUGCAGGAUGACCGUGAUGUCCGGGACGAGCGUAAGGCCCAGGGUCUCGAACCGGCAUACUCAUUCAUGAUCCGUUGUCGGCUCCCAGGUGGUGUGGCAACUCCAUUGCAGUGGUUGCAAAUGGACGAGAUCAGCAGUGCAUAUGGGAACGAGACGAUGAAGCUGACGACACGGCAAACGUUUCAAUUUCAUGGCGUUAUCAAGCGCAACCUUCGGUCUGCUAUGCGUGCCAUCAACAAGGCACUCAUGACUACUAUUGCCGCCUGUGGUGAUGUCAACCGUAACGUUAUGUGCAGUUCCCUUCCGGAAUUGUCAGCUUACCAUCGUGAAGCCCAUGCCGUCGCAAAGAGAAUCAGUGACCACCUUCUUCCUUCGACAACCGCUUAUCACGAGAUCUGGUUGAAGGAUGACAAUGACAAGAAGGUCUUGGUGGCAGGAGACGCGGUUGUUGACCAUGAGCCUCUUUAUGGCCCGACUUAUCUUCCUCGGAAGUUCAAGAUCACCAUCGCCAUUCCCCCUCAUAAUGACACUGAUGUCUUCGCACAUGAUAUUGGCCUGAUCGCUAUUAAAGGGCCGGAUGGACACUUGGAAGGUUUCAACGUUCUUGCUGGUGGUGGUAUGGGUUGCACUCACAAUAACAAGAAGACUUAUCCACAAACCGGUCGUGAAUUUGGCUAUGUGCCUGCGGACAAGGCCCACAUUGUUUGCGAAAAGAUCAUGCUUGUCCAGCGCGACUUCGGCGAUCGCAAGAACCGCAAGCAUGCUCGUCUUAAGUACACCAUUGAUGAUAUGGGGGUUGACGUCUUCAAGGCCAAGGUCGAAGCUCUUCUUCCUGACGGAUUACGGUUCGCCGAAAUUCGGCCUUAUUCUUUUGCCUCAAAUGUUGAUACCUUUGGCUGGCAGAAGGACGAGCGAGGCUUGAACCAUUUCACCUUUUUCAUUGAAAAUGGCCGUAUUGAGGAUACACCUGACUUCGCAAUGCGGACUGGCCUUCGAGAACUCGCAAAACUUAACAAGGGCGAGUUCAGACUCACCGGAAAUCAGCACGUGAUCCUUUCAAAUGUCCGCGAUGAAGACCUGCCCGCUAUUAAGGAGCUGAUGGCCAAGUAUAAGCUUGACAACACAAACUUCUCUGGUCUGCGUCUAUCUUCGUCCGCCUGUGUUGCUUUCCCCACUUGUGGUUUGGCAAUGGCUGAGUCCGAGCGCUAUCUCCCCGUCCUCGUUUCGAAGCUCGAAUCCACCCUUGAAGAAGUGGGUCUGGCUAAAGCCAGCAUUGUUAUGCGUAUGACAGGUUGCCCGAAUGGUUGUGCACGACCGUGGCUCGCAGAGGUCGCCUUCGUCGGAAAAGCCUAUGGUGCUUAUAACAUGUACCUUGGUGGUGGAUAUUAUGGGCAGCGUCUCAACAAGCUGUACCGCUCAUCGAUCAAGGAGGACGAGAUCCUUGAGAUCAUGAAGGGCCUUAUCAAGAGAUAUGCACUGGAGCGUAAUACCGAUGGUGAAGAGCCGGAGAGAUUCGGCGACUGGUGUAUCCGCGCGGGCAUUAUAAACAAGACUACUGAUGGACGGAACUUCCACGAAGGAGUUGCCGAAGAAGACGACGAAGAGUGAAAAAUCAUAUGGAACUAAUGUUUUCCUGUUAAAAGGCUCUGGAUAUAGUUUUUAUCGUUUCGUGCCUUACUGAUUUUUGUGAUAAUCUUCCAUGCUAUAUGUCAAAAGAAAUUUGGUUUUCACCUCGCUUGAUGAAACGUUUCCUUGCACUGAGUUUGGCCUUGUCAUACGUUCUUGUCUUGAUAUGCCCUUACUGUAUAUAAUUGGUUUAUUGAUGCUUCCCAUCUAGUUCUGCAAUGAUUGGAAGUUUUUGUUUGCUUUCUUAUAUUUUAUAUAUCACAUGGCAUAAAUAGAAUAUAUCUUUCUAAUUGG